CUACCUCACGCACCUGGCAACACAGGAUGUUUCACUUCUCGAUUUUCGGUUUCAAAGCCACGUUCUUGUCAGGUGUGAAAUGAAUGAAAGCACAGGCCUCUGCUACCGUCCAGUAUGGGUUGAAAGGGAGCUUAACCUGUCUGUGCUUUACAAAUUCUCUAGAGGACAUUACAGAGCUAAAAUGGAAAGUCAACACUAAGUUAAUUGUUAAUAAGGGAAAUGUAACUAAUUCAUUCAGAGACAGGUUUCAGUACAACAGAGUGAACCACAGUCUGUAUAUUAGGAGUCUGAAGGACACAGACAGUGAUAUCUACAUUGUAACUACAACCUAUAAAAACGACUCAGAAUUCACUAACAGCUAUAAACUGAUCGUGGAAGAAGCUGUAUCCAUGCCAGUUGUGAAGAUAACACCUUUCGACUUUAAUUCAUCCGCCGGAACCUGCAACAUGUCAAUCAACUGCUCUGUGGGAAGCAACUGGGCUGCCUUCAUCUGCGAUGACGACUCACAUGAUAGUCGGUGCACGUUAUCAUCAUCAACCACCAACGUCUUCAUCAACAUCUCGAAGCUUAGCGGGAAUGUUGAGUGUACCGGCAAGAACAAUGUUAGCAAGAAGACGCUCUUAAAGUCCACGAAUUACAUAUGUCCAGAUGGAACUACAGCUCCUGUUAUAACUCCACAUUGGUGGCCAGAUUAUUGGUGGUUUAUAUUGGGGGGUCUAGCCCUGAUAGCCAUUAUAGUGGCGAUAUUGAUUAUACUAAAGUGUCAGAAAUCUUCCCAAAACUCACAGGAAACUUCUCGACCUGUGAAAGAUUCAACAAUGACAGGACAUGAAAAUCCAAGCUACAGCACAGUACAGGAACAUGCGUCCGUAGUGACAUUUGGGGUUCAAACCGAAGCAGAUGGGACCACGUCUCUCUACGACACUGUUAGAGACCAAGUGAACAGUCCUGCGUCGAGGGAGCCGGAAACUUCCGUCUACAGCACCAUCCAGAAACACGGGUCAGCGGCAGAGGCCGACGUGGCGGCGAUGGAAAAAGUAGCUGACAAAACCACGUCGGUGUAUGAAGUGGCUACAGAGCCUGAAAGUCAUUGCAGGCUCAAAGGCAGAGUGAGAGCAUCAACACCGGACAAGGCUGUAGCAGACACGAUAUAUUCAACUUUACAAGCCGUCUGCCCAGUGGAUGAUGGUAGUGUGUGAGGUGAUCUGAAACAGGUGAACUGUGGGAGGGGAACUUCAGGAGAUGAACUGUGGGAGGUGAACUUCAGGAGGUGAACUGGAGGUGAUCAGCAACAGGUGAACUGUGGGAGGUGAACUGUGGGAGGUGAACUGCGGGAGUUGAUCUGCCGGAGGAGCUACCAGUCUAAAGGACGCAAACCCCUGUUAACCCCAGACAGAGAUGACAUAUGGUCGCACAGCGCCCCCAAGUGGACAGCAAAAGUAGACAGAAGGAUGUUGGUUUAGUAGUACUCAUGCUUUCUGCUUCUCUGGGCUCCUCCUGGCCUGCGUGCCUCAGAGCAUGUACCAUGCUGCCCUUCAGUCCCUGCUGGAGACACCUCAGAGCAUGUAGGUCAGAUGGCUGUGCAGUUAGUGAAUUGGGCUUGUAAUCUGAAAGUUGCCGGUUCGAUUCCUGGCUGUGCCAAAUUACAUUGUGUCCUUGGGCAAGGCACUUCACCCUACUUGCCUCCGGGGGAUAAGAGCGUCUGCUAAAUGACUGAAUGUAAAUGUACCAUGCUACCCUUCAGUCCCUGCUGGGAGACAAUGUGAAUAACACGAGGACUUCCUGUGCCUGUCCUCUCUGAGGCGAUGUACCGCAGUAACUGUUACUGUAGUAACGCUUGUUUUACGGUUUCUUACCUAGAAACCUAAAACCACUUCGCAUUACAAGUGCAUCGUGUUGCUGCAGUAAAACCACAAUCUGUAGUAACUAACAGUGUUAAAAUGUUUAAUGAUUCUAGUACUUAUUCAGCUUAUGUAUCAUAUGUAACUGUACAUAGUAUAUCUAUGUGUUUCAUGUUUCUGUGACUUGAUUCUACGUAAGUUGGUUCUUAAAAAAUAUGCCAAAUAUAAACUCCAGUAUCCUUGCCACAAGCUUCCAUUUGCUUUGUUAUACUGCUCUUUUCAAUACUGAAUAUAUAGCACUGCUACGCUGACCAUAUUUGGAGUUUCUACUAUGAUUUGAGUAACUCCUUUGUGGAAAGAACAAUUACUGAUAAAUCAUCAUAAGUUCAAAAAGCGAGUCAUAACUAAUGAUAAAUGAACAGAUU